AUGGCAGACAACCGAGCAAACAAGAAUCCGGAAUCGCUGACCAACCAGGGCGAAUUCAUGCCUGGUCCUCCUCAGAGCGAGCCGCUCACCACACAAGGCCACCAAGUCGGCCUCAAAACCUCCCCAGCAGACCACGCCCCUGAAUUCUCGGCCACCGCCCACCCGCCCGGCACAGCCCCCAAAGCCAACACCUUUACACCCAACCCGCAGGGCGACGACGCCAUCCCAGGACAAGCCGACAAUGACUCCGCGGUCAUGCGUGCUGACCCGCUGGAUUUCCCCGGCGCGACAUCUGGGGACGUGCACACCGGCAUCGGCAAGCCGAGCUCUGGCCAGACGUCUAAUGAGCUGCACCGGGGCGGCAACCAGCCCAAGGGUGGUGGCGGUUCGCAAGGUCUGCAAACUGGGGACAGAGGCGUAGAUUCGGAGCUGAGGAAGUUGGGAGAGGAGCGGAGUGUCAAGGACCAAGGCAGUCGGGUUGAGAGGGAGCAUAAUGUCAGUCUGGACGGCGCGGAGACUAAGGAUCCGGUUGUCUUCAAAUAG